UGUUCUCGCCUAUGAAAUUGCUCUUAUUUUGAACCAAAAAUAUUUAAAUUGUUCCUCAAAUUUGCGAGUUCCUCUAAUUAUAAUGUUCGACUCCUGGGCUACUGGACAAGAAUUAAUAUGCCCUAAAAAGGCUAAACAAUUUGUUUUGGAUCGUUUCAAUCACUUUUCAAUUCAUCAGUGCAAUUCUCUUUCCGUUGGAGCGGAAAAGUUGGCAGGAUUUUUAAGCACACACAAAUUUAUUGCUAAUAUUGAACUUUCUCCGGAAAUUUGGCUUUUUAAAGCUGAGAAGAAAAUUAAAUUGGUUUUUAGCGAUUAUAUUGGCGGAUCUGUAGAUGGAGGAUGGGCUUGUUUAACUAAGCGAUUAAAUUUGAUUAAAUGUGAAGAUGUUGAUCACGAUAGUAUUCUCGAUUUAGAUUGUCUCAAGAAACGUUCAAAAAUAUUGGAAGAAUUAUGUGAUAGAGCAAAGAUUUAUUCAUUAUCCUGCUUCUUGUACUUGCCAGUCUUCUCCUACUCAGCCGUCAUGGUGUCUCAGAGUGCGUCUACGUCAACAGCCGAAGUUCAACCAGAAAUGCAACAACAACAGGCUGCUCCAGGUCCCUUGUAUGCUGCGCAACAACAACAGGCUGCUCCAGGUCCCUUGUAUGCUGCGCAACAACAACAGGCUGCUCCAGAUCCCUUGUAUGCAGCGCCUAGUUCUUUGCCUAGUUCCUCCACAACAGCUCCAGAAGAACUUCAACGAGAAGUGCAACAACAGCAAGCUGCGCCUAGUUUGUAUGAACGAGUGGAGGAGUUGUCUUCUGUUGGAAGUAAUACGUUCAGUGGUACUUCUUCGAACCCGGCAGCGUUCUUUGCGUCGACUCAUCAGAUGCAACCUUCUGGUAGAAUUGACGUGCCUACCAGAAAUACCUCCAACUACACUGCCUCUGAUGCUGAUUUGUUCGGGGUGUCUCAACAUGUUCAACCUGACUGGCGCAUUCAUAGAGAAUUCACAUCCAAAACUGCCUUAGCUGAGUAUGUUCGCGAGCGUAUAGAACCAAAAUGGGUUCUGAAUCCUAGGCUUCGUUCAGUAAAAAGAAAGGUUGGAGACAUGGUCCAUAGGACUAGAUACCUUCUGUGUAUUCACCACCAUUCUUCAUGCCCAGCCGACAUGAAGAUUGUGACUGAAGAAUCUCCCUGGAGUUUCUAUGCUGUUUCCUUGGUUGGUCGUCGACGUCACUUCGGACAUCCAAUCGCAAACUGUCAGGACUUGGAGAACUAUGUUGAUGGUGGAUGAAGAAAAGAAAAGGAAGAAUACAUAUAUGCGUGGCAUAAAUUGAUUUGUCAUAGGUUCUCCUAAUUUCUAUGUGCCCCUGAUUUUUUGUAACUCAUGCUAUUCUGAUUUUUUUGUAACUCAUAUAAUUGUAUUUCAUAUUUUUGUCUUUGGAGAUUCGCCUCCUCCAAGAAUUAUUGGCGUGUUUAUUUCUGUAUAAAUUUUUGUU